AUGAAGUUUUUCGUUGCGAUCGUGCUGGUGAACGUUGUAUUGAUUAGUGGUCUUCCUCAUCAUCACGCUGAACAUAAAGAGACUUACAACUCGUAUAAGGUUUCUCCGGUUUAUGUUGAUGGUGUAGCUACUUCCGGUUCUUCAGCAGCUGCAGUAUCAUCGUCUUCGUCAUCUGCUUCAUCUGCAUCGGAGUCUUCUAAAUCUGAAAGUUCCUCGUCUUCGUCGUCUUCUUCUUCGUUUUCGAGCAAUGGAGGUUAUUCAGCAGGGGCUGCUGCAUCGGCCGUUGGUGUUCAUGGGUCCAAUGUGGGUUAUGACUCCAUUGGAGGUGCAUCUGGUACAGCCUACCUUACUGCGGAGAGUGGUCGUGUAGCUGGAGCUUCUGGUUAUGAAGGAGCUGCUGCUUCUUCUUCUUCAAGUUCUUCUAUGUCUUCUUCUUCAUCUGCUUCCGAAGCUUCUGAAUCUUCUUCUUCGUCUUCUUCUGGUUAUACAGCAGGUGCUGUUGCGUCGGCUGCUGUUUUGGAAGGUGCUACUUAUGAAGGUCAUGGUGGUCAUGGAUCCCAUGGUCAUGGUCAUGUUCGUACUGGUCUUGAAGUGGAAGGUGCUUCUGCGGCAGCAGCUGCAAGUGGAUUUGAAACUGCUGCUUCUGCUUCUUCUUCAUCAGCUUCAUCUGCUUCGUCUUCUUCUUCUUCAAAUUUUGAAGAAGCUAGUUCUGCAGCUGUUUCUGGAUCAUCAGUUUAUGGUGAAGCAAGUCGUGGAGAAGGUUAUGUAGAACACGAUAGUCAUGGACAUGGACAUGGGCAUGAACAUGGUCAUGGUCAUCAUGGUCAUGGACAUGAUCACAAAGAUAAAUAUUACACUGGUGCUAUAAUUGCUGACAAUUCCGCAGCUGCAUCUGCUGCAACAGAAUUUGAAGCAGGAUCCUCUUCAUCAGCUUCAUCUGCGUCUUCUGCUUCUUCCAACUACGAUGCUUCCAGUUCAUCUGCUGCUGCUGCUAGUGCUUCCACUCAUGGAGACUCCUACAUUACUGGUGCUGUUGAAGUAGGACAUGAUCAUGAACAUAGUCACGGUCAUGGUCAUGCUCAUGAUGUCAGUGUGACUACCGGAGAUAAAUAUUAUACAGGUCUUAUCAUUCCUGAUAACAUCGAAGGAAGUGCAUCUGCAUCAGCCUCAGCUGGUUCAACCACAUUUGAUGCCAGUGCCACUUCUGGUUCAUCUGCAUCUGCUUCUGCUUCAACACAUGACGCUGCCACCUAUGACGCUUCAUCCUCUGCUGCAACCAAUUUAGACACUGGUGAUGUUACCGGAGUCAUCAAAGUACAAGAAGUCCAUGGUGUAGCUGACAACGGUGAUAACAUCCAUUCCAUCAACGUGGGUUCCAUCACUGUUGGUCAUGAUGCAGCUGGAAUUGAAACCGGUAUUCAAACAUCUUCAGCUUCUUCUUCAUCAUCCUCAAGCCAAUCAAGCCAAUCCAGUCAAUCAUCCUCAUCUUCAUCAUCUUCCUCCUCAUCCUCCUCAAUGGGAGGCUUUGCCGGAGGUCAAGUAGGAACAUUCGGAUUCGCACAGACUGGCCAUGGAGGUAGUGGAAUUGGUUUUGGACAUGGAGUGCACAAUGGACUUAACCUAGACUUGCAUAACACCCAUGGUAAUGGAAUUCAAGGUUUUGCAGGUGUUCAUGGUUUGACUGGGUUACAUGGACUGCAUGGUCUUCACGGAUCCACUGAUACCUUUGCCAUCCAUGGUGGUCAUGGAGGUCCCACAGGAAUAGCCCACACUGGACACACAGGUCUUCAUGGUACAUCAUUCGGUUUAUUGAAUAACGCAGGUGGACAUGUUGGUUUUGGAGCAGGUUUACACGGAAUCCAUGGUGGUUCUACAGGCGCCUUUGGUGCUUCUGCUUUUGGAGCUAGUUCCGCUGCUGGAGGAUCAGCUUUCAAUCAAGAAGCAUCAUCUUCUUCUUCCUCAAGUAGUUCCAGCUCAUCUUCAAGCUCCAGCUCUUCACAAUCUGCUUCCUCUUUGGGCACUAAACAAUUUGGUGCUUUUGGGGCUUCCGCUGGAUUGAUCAAAACCAAUAAGGGACACGGUCAUUUCUAA